UUAUGUUAAAUGGAUUCAAAAAUUAUCGCCAACUUAUGACGAUUUUACCAAGACAUUUACUUUUGUAUUUGAUGAUACUGACGACGACAUUAGUGAUUCGUACUAUGAUCUAAUCAAACUUCACAGUGAUUAUAACAUCAAUCUUACAGUAUCGGUAUGGGUGGAAAGGAGUAAAGAUAAACGAAGUAAGCGAAGUCUAAGUAAACUUGGAACUGAAUUAGGAGAUUUAACAUUGUCGGAAUUGUUAAAUAAUGAUAUGUAUAAACAUGAAUUCGACCAUCGAAGUAACAUAUGUUUCAAACGGGAAGUGAUCAAGGUUGAAGAAGACAAGGACUUUAUUUGCGUGAAACUUUAUAGUUUUACCAUUGAAGC